CAUUCAGAUCUUCAACAGAUAACAAUCACAUUUUCGCUCCCUAAAUAGUCACUUCCUCACCUUCAUUCAUUCACUCCCUCGCUUGAGUUUCCAGAAAGCUGCUCAAAAGUUUAAAUUGGAGCUAUCUAUGGCUAUGAGUUCGACAAGCAAAGCUUGGAUGGUAGCCGCCAGCAUAGGAGCCGUGGAGGCACUCAAAGAUCAAAUGGGAUUCUGCAGGUGGAAUUACAUCCUCAGAUCUGUUCAUCAUCACGCCAAAACCAACGUUAGAUCCUUCUCUCAGGCGAAGAGCCUUGCGCCUUCCUCUGCCGCACUGGUCUCCAAUAAAUUGAAGGAGCCUCAACAGGCUGAAGAAUCUCUAAAGAAAGUUAUGUACUUGAAUUGCUGGGGUCCUAAUUGAGAUGCCCGGAACUGUAGGUUUAUUCAUAGAGAUAGAAAGAGGUUUUUGGUAAUAUCUGUAGCCUCUGCUGAUGUUCAUAGUGGAAUGUAAAAAUGUGAUUGUACUACUAGAACCUCUUCAAAUGACAGAAAAACAAAUUGUCUAAGGAUCCAUAAUUGGGAGCUCGGUUUUUUAGUUAUUAUGAUUGAACACCACAAUCGGGUUUCUACAUCGAACUAAUUGAAGGUUCUAAGUAUCCAAAAGAUCAAGAUCGACUGUAUUUGGACCUGCGGUCAGAGAAUAGAAACAUUGGGCAAUCUGGGUGGGUGCGAUUUUGAGGGAGAAGUAAGCAGUCUCAAGGGGAAGAUAGUAACCUCGCUUGUGUCGGCUGGCCUAACGUCCAUUGUCUCUCAUACCAACGUUUUUUUUUUAUAAUAAAAGUAGAGUUCAGCA